AUGCCUCAGGAAAACUCAAAGGUGUCAGACCCGGACGCGACGUCGCAAGCGGCCGCCGAAGUUGUCGCCGAAUCGAGCAAGCAGCCAGAAGCGGAAUCCGCAGACGAGAGCGGCGAUGACGCGACCGAGACAGUAGAAGACGCAGAGGGGGCGUCAGAAAAGAAGAAGAGCAGGAAGCGCAAGAUGAAGGAUGCCAUCAGCGGCAAGGGCAAGGCCGGCGACGUCACAGACUUGAAUGCGCCCGCAGGAAACGUCCUACCAAAGGAAGCGCUGAACAUGUUGCUCGCCAACAAUCCCGGCCUAGCGAACGAGUUGCAGGGCAAGGCAAACAGCAAGGAGGAGCUGGCGCAAUUGAUCAAGAAGCUCAACAUCAACGAGAUGCUGACAGGUCUGGCGCCCCAAGGCAGCCAAAAGGACAUGGCCAGUCACGCCUUCUGGAAGACGCAGCCCGUGCCCAGCUUCGAGGAAAUGGCCAACAAGGAAAAGAUCAAGGACGGACCUAUCAAGGAGAUCAAGAUCGAGGAGGUUGACAAGAACCCAAGUCCCAUGUACCCCGGUUUUGAGUGGGUAACGAUGGACCUGGAGGACGAAAAGCAGCUCGAGGAGGUCUAUGAGCUGCUCACAAACCACUACGUUGAAGACAAGGACGCGACCUUCCGAUUCAAAUACUCGCCAUCAUUUCUGAACUGGGCCCUGAAAGCACCAGGCUGGAAGAAGGAAUGGCACGUUGGUGUCCGCGCAACCGCCUCAGGCAAGCUCGUUGCUUUCAUCUCCGGUAUCCCAAUACAGAUGCGAGUACGCGACAAAGUUCUCAACUGCUCCGAAGUCAACUUCCUCUGCGUCCACAAGAAGCUCCGCUCUAAGCGAUUAGCACCCGUCCUCAUCAAGGAGAUCACCCGCCGCUGUUACGUCGAGGGCACAUUCCAAGCGGUAUAUACCGUUGGGUCUCUGCUACCUACUCCCGUAUCGACAGCUCGCUACUUCCACCGCGCGAUCGACUGGGAGAAGCUAUAUGAUGUCGGCUUCUCCCCUCUCCCCCAUGGUAGCACCAAGACACGUCAAAUUGUACGAUACAAGCUCCCAGAUACCACAGCUACCCCUGGACUCCGCGAGAUGGAGGCCAAGGAUGUGGACGCAGCUGUCGAUCUUCUUAAGCGAUACCUAGCGCGCAUGGAUAUGGCACAAGUCUUCAACAAGACCGAGUUCGAGCACUGGAUGGCGCCAAAGGAGAAGCCCAAGGAACAGGUUGUAUGGAGCUAUGUUGUCGAGGAUCCCGACACUCAUAAGAUCACCGACUAUUUCUCUUUCUACAACCUGGAGAGUACGGUGAUCGGUAACAAGAAGCACAACACCAUCAAGGCAGCGUACCUGUUCUACUAUGGCACAGAAGUAGCGUUUGAAAAAGAGGACAAGGAUAAGACGAAGCUAAAGCAGCGACUGAACCUGUUGAUGAAGGACGCGUUGAUCUUGGCCAAGAAAGCCGACUUUGACGUCUUCAACGCUCUCACACUCCUUGACAACCCGCUUUUCCUCGAGGAACAACGCUUCGGCGCCGGAGACGGCUCGCUGCACUACUACCUGUACAACUACCGCGCUGCGCCGAUACCGGGUGGCAUUGAUGGCCGCAACCAGUCAAGCAAGGACCACAUGGGUGGUAUUGGCUUGGUCAUGUUGUAA